UUGAAAAUGUAGGCGAGUCAAGGCUAGAGGGGCAUUUCCUCCAGCUAAUUAGGAUAGAGUAAAAUGCAGGUGGAGUAGAGCGCUUUGGGAAUGAAAGGGAGGAGGAGAGCAUCCUUCCCCGUUGUUCCUGCUGUCGGCGUAACGCGUGGGUAAAGUUGCUUUUUUUGGACGCACUCUGGCUGCGUUUGUGGACCGGACCGCUUCAGUGUGUGUGUGUGUGAGACGUGAUGGUGUUUGGUCCUGUGAGUGGUGCGACAGCCCAGUGAAAGGUCUCACAAGUAUCUCUGUUGUCAGACGAACACGGCGCGUCCAAGCGAGGAGGAGGGAAAAAAGGAGGGGGGACAGCAGAGGCAGACAAUGCGGUUUUGCGAUGCGUUUAUUCCACCCUACUAUUUACACCCAGAUCCACGAAAACAUGAUGCCCCGGAGAUGUGGGAGAACGCCUCGUGAUCUGGCUAUUUUGCCUCAUUUUUUACAAUCGGAUUGAACAAAUUCCCUCCCUUUCUGAUUGAGAACAAAAACAGAGAUGAAAUUUCCAAUUGAAAACCCGAGGAAACAAGUUAACUGGGACCCCGAACAAGGGGCGGCCCAGCCCAACAUGGCGCCUCCCAAAAAGAUGCAGGCUGGCCUGACGAAGUCGAGCCUGGUCCAGGCCAGCGUGGCCACCAUGCAGAACCCGAUGGGCGUUGACCCCAAGACCAACGGCCACUGUCCACUGCCACGCCUGUCCAUCUCCUCCCGGUCUGCCAGCGUGGUGGCCAGCAUGGACACCAGCUGCGACGGCCCGGUUGCGGCGCUCCACUCAGUGAUGAAGUGGAAAACGGUGGUGGCGGUGUUCUUCGUGGUCGUCAUCUAUCUGGUGUGUGGAGGUCUGGCGUUCAGGGCUCUGGAGCAGCCGUUUGAGAGCAACCAGAAGACCAGUAUCACUCUGGAGAAGGCUUCGUUCUUGGAGAGACACCCCUGUGUUACUCCUGCUGAGCUGGAGGCACUCAUCAAGCAUGCUAUAGAUGCUGUGAGUGCCGGAGUGAGUCCUAUUGGAGAUACAUCCUACAACUCCAGUUACUGGGACCUGGGCAGUGCCUUCUUCUUCGCUGGAACUGUUAUCACAACCAUAGGUUAUGGAAACAUAGCUCCAAGCACGGAGGGCGGGAAAAUCUUUUGCAUCCUUUAUGCCAUAUUUGGCAUCCCUCUGUUUGGCUUCUUGUUGGCGGGGAUAGGAGACCAGCUGGGGACCAUCUUUGUGAAAAGCAUCUUGCGAGUUGAGAAGAUAUUCAGGCAAAAACACAAACAGAUCAGUCAGACAAAGAUCAGAGUGACGUCCACCAUCCUGUUCAUCUUGGCUGGCUGCAUUGUUUUCGUCACCAUCCCUGCUGUCAUCUUUAAACACAUCGAGGGCUGGACCACACUAGAGGCCAUCUACUUUGUUGUGAUCACACUCACCACAGUGGGAAUAGGAGACUAUGUGGCAGGUGGGAACCGGAGGAUCGAGUACAGGCAGUGGUACAAGCCUCUGGUGUGGUUCUGGAUCCUGGUGGGUUUGGCGUACUUUGCGGCCGUCCUCAGCAUGAUUGGAGACUGGCUUCGAGUAUUGUCUAAAAAGACCAAAGAAGAGGUCGGGGAGAUUAAAGCUCACGCGGCCGAGUGGAAGGCAAACGUCCGAGCAGAGUUCCGUGAAACGCGGCGGCGCCUCAGCGUCGAGAUCCACGACAAGCUGCAGCGGGCCGCCACCAUCCGCAGCAUGGAGCGCCGCCAGCUGGGCCUGGAGCAGCGAGCCCACUCCUUAGACAUGCUGUCUCCAGAGAAACGGGCCUUGUUCGCCAGCCUGGACGCCGGACGCUUCAAGACCUCCUCCCAGGAGAGCAUCGACACCAAGCUCAACAACCUGAGGCUGAAGGGGGCCUGCGAGCCCUACGACAAUCAGGGCAGCGCUCAAACGCCGCAGACGGCGUCCUCCUCCGAGGAGAACCUCUUCAACCUGCGCUUCGGAUCCCUCACCAAGCUGGCCAGACGCAACAAGAACCGCGAGCUGCGGCGGAACAUUAACGAAGAGGUGCGACGGGCGAGCGUCGCCAUAAGCAACGGCAGCACCAUCCUGGGGGAGGAGAGGACGGAGGAGGACGGGGAGCCGGAUGAGGAGAACGUGGAGAAAAAGGAAGGGAACACCAGUCUGUCAAACCUGUCACAGUACGCCACGGAGCGCAGCAAGUUGAACGGGUUCACAGCCGCGGAGGCCAAAGACAGCGAGAACGACUAAACUGAAUAGAACCAGAGACAGACAGAACAAGCAACAUGGUCUCACAGGAAUCCGUGGAAUAGCCACGGAAUCACUCAAAUUUCCGUUAAAUUGACACGGAUUUCGCUACAAUGCAAGUUAAUGACAGUGAAUGUACAUAAUCACUUUGUAUGUUGGAAUAGCCACAGGAUAUGACUGAGUGAAUAUUUAGAAAAUUAAACAGUUUCUGCAUAACAAUGGAUUUUGAUCACAUUUCUAGCGGGAAAUACAAGUCAAAAUAUUGUUUUUUUCACUAAAAAUGAGAGAACUGUCUGCCAUGUUUUUUGUUCUGACCGCUGGGACCUUAAAAGUCAUGUGACUUGGAACAAACCAAUAGGAAAAAUAUCCAUGGAAUAGCCACGGGAUAUAAGUCAUUAACUUGCAUUGUAGCGAAAUCCGUGUCAGUUUCACGGAAAUUUGAGUGAUUCCGUGGCUAUUCCACGGAUUCCUGUGAGACCGGGUUCCAACAAGAGUGCAUGGUCCUUUGAGAUGUCGAUAAAUGUGCCUUUCUGUUUCCUAUGCUUAGAUUGGAACUGCUGAUAUUCAGUCAUCGUGCCAUAGCCAUGGGAAGAAAACGUGUUGCCAAAAAAAAGGGAAGAGACAGACGAGGCUGCAGUUAAAAUACCUCACACUGGACAUGACUGUAGAAUGAACUCUCACCUACAGAAGCUCGCUCUCUUUCUCUCCAGCUUCGUUUUGUCUUUCAGCCUUGACGACUCUCACGAGACACUCGGGCAUCGGCCGUCUGUUAAUGUCCAAUCGUAUUUUUUAAACAAUGUGGGCAGGACAUCCAGAGAGCUAGCUUCAUGUCAUCCAUCUUCAGAAACAUUAUCGAUCUCCGCUUCGUCAUCUCAUACUGUGGUGGCUAUUUUUAGCUCAGCUACUAAAAGGACUACAGAGUUGAAUGAACAGAGGGUGGGAGGCUGUUUAUCUGCUGGAUCAAUAGACGAUACGAGCAUUUACUGAGCUGACAUGUACAACUGUUCCUACAUGAUGGUAUGCGACUGAAAAUGCAGCCCUAAAGGUAUAAACUAUUACAUAUUAAGAGCUCAUAUUAAAACAACUAUUCACCUUGAUUGUGCAUGGUUAUUUAAAACACAACCAUAGCAGUUAAUUGACAAACUUGAAAGCUUGAAAUGACAGCUGUAAUAAUGUUUUGUUUUAAUAAAAAUAAAAUGUAAUGCUUUGUGACAAAAAAAAAAAAAAAAAAUCAGUACUGAUUGCCACCAUUGUGGAGCAACACUGAGCUGAGAUUCACCUGACAGACACAUUUACAGGUACAUCUAAAAAAAAUAAGAAUAUCGUGAAAAAGUUCAAUAUUUUUUGUCAAUCAUUUC